CUUCGCCCGCCACAUCGCCAUCCCAGCCCCGGCCUCGAGCUCGAGCUCUUGUUGCGAACACGCCGACAACCCGACCGUGAUAAACCGUUCAAAAGUCCGCGAAUACCGCCGGGGCCGUAGCAAUCGACACACAGCAAGCUCGUACUCCCAUCAGUCUGCUCUCAUAUUCCCUCCCAAUCCCUCCAGGACCACCAAUCCACACCCACCCACCACUCAACACCACCUAUACAAAUUAAAAAAAAAGAGGACAUCGCGACUACCCACCUCGACGAGCCCUCACGCCUCACAAGCGGACGACGACCCAACAUGUCCCUCUCCCAGCCGACGCCCCCGCUCCUCCUGACAAAACGCCUCACGGCCUUCCUCGCCUCCAACCUCAACGCCCACCUGCACACGGCCCUGCUCGCGACCCCCUCCGGCCGCCUCCUCGCCCACGCCUCCCCGGAACCCGUCUCCCUCCUCCGCACCCAGGCCACCGUCGCCUCCUCCCUCUUCGCCCUGCACGCCUCCGCCGCCCCUGACAUCCCCGAUGCGCUCCCCGGCUCCUCUUCGUCGUCCCCGCCGCCUCCGCCCCCAGACAACCCCACGAGCACGAGCGCGACCCCCGCCGCCCCCGCCGCUGCCAACACCGCAGAAGCCGCAGCAGGGAAGCCGCUGACCAUCACGGUCCAGCUCGCCGGCGGCGUUGUCGUCGUCCGCCGCCUGCGGUGCGGCCUGCUCUUCGUCUGCAUAGGGCCCCUCGCCGAGUCCAUCGACCCCAACCACGCCCCCGAACCCCCCCACCACCAUCACCACACCCAGUCCGCGACGUCCCACGCGCACCACGCACACCACCACCACCCCAACGGCGGCGGCGUCGCCACGCCCUCCCUUGCGCCCGCCUCCCCCUCCGAGGCCGACAGCAUUCUCAGCGUCGGCGCCCAGACCACGACGAGCCUCGCGAGCGUCGGAAGCGUCAACACGGCCGGCGUCGUUGUCCUGCGCCGGCACGCCGAGGAGCUCGCGCGCUGGCUGGACGACAAGCUCGGCAGCCUGCGGGUCCCCGAGGAGGGCGUCGGCGUCGAAUGAGCGAACCCU